UAGGGUCGGUGUGGAAGGACAGGAUCUCUUUGGCAAUCCUUGAGAUGCAAGAAAAGGGCGAAAUUCAGAUGAUUUAUGACAAGUGGUGGAAGAGUCCGGGCCUGACGUGUAUUCGCGAUGAGAUCAACAAAGAGGGAAAAGCGAGUCCUCUCGGCCUCGAGAACAUCGGCGGUGUAUUCGCUGUGCUGUUAGUGGGCUUAGCGUUGGCUUUAUUUACAGCUAUGUCUGAAUUUUUCAUCAAAGCCAAGAAAAAUGCACUCAAAUCUAAACAAUCGAUUUGUACGGAAAUGCACGACGAGUUGGGCUUCAUAUGGAAGUGUGAGUACACCCGACCCAAGAGGUCGGCUACUGGUGUGCCGUCGACGAGGUAUUGCUCAAAAUGUAACUACAAUUCCUCGUAUAUCACCACAAGUCUGGCCGUUCCUCAUGACAAUGGAGUCAUGUCUGGCCUCGACUUCAGGAAAUCACCACAAAUGCAGUGCGAAUACGACAGCUCUUAA